UCUCUUGCGCACGCAUACACAAAACAAUACUAUUAAUGAGGAGGGAGGGAGGAGAAGCCCUCCGUUUCGGACAUCCGCCCGAUAUCUCGAACGAUACCCAAAAGCCAACCCCCCUCUCGCUCACCGUCGUAUCGAUCGAUAUCGUUCUCUCUUUGUCUCGAUCUCCGCUUCUUCGAUCCCUUCGUGCUCGCGCGAUAGGGAAUUCGAGCGAUAGGGAUCUUGGGAAUGGAAAGUAAAGCCAGAUCUGGAUCCCCGCCCCCGCAUCUGAUCUGCUCCUGAUCCGGGAACUUCUAAGUUCCCGCUCCCAAAUCAUGGCGGGCGCCGUCUCGGCGCUGUUCCUCCUCGACAUCAAGGGCCGCGUCCUCAUCUGGAGGGACUACCGCGGCGACGUCUCCGCUGUCCAGGCCGAACGCUUCUUCACCAAGCUCAUCGAGAAGGAGGCCGAUCCCGAGUCUCACUCGCCUGUGGUGUUCGAUGAUGGAAUCAGUUAUAUGUUCAUCCAACACAACAAUGUCUUCCUUAUGACGGCUGCGAGGCAGAACUGCAAUUCUGCUAGCAUCCUUCUCUUCCUGCAUCGUGUUGUUGAUGUCUUUAAACAUUAUUUUGAAGAGCUCGAGGAGGAAUCAUUAAGAGAUAAUUUUGUUGUUGUGUAUGAGUUACUCGACGAAAUGAUGGACUUUGGGUACCCUCAAUACACAGAAGCUAAGAUUCUUAGUGAGUUUAUUAAGACAGAUGCGUACAGGAUGGAAGUCACACAGAGGCCUCCAAUGGCUGUCACAAAUGCAGUGUCAUGGCGUAGUGAAGGGAUACGGUACAAGAAAAAUGAAGUAUUCUUGGAUGUGGUUGAAAGCGUAAAUAUUCUUGUCAACAGCAAUGGACAGAUUAUCCGUUCAGAUGUUGUUGGGGCAUUGAAAAUGAGAACAUACUUGAGUGGAAUGCCUGAAUGUAAACUUGGGCUGAAUGACCGGGUACUUUUGGAAGCUCAAGGCCGAACAACUAAGGGGAAAGCUAUAGAUUUAGAUGAUAUCAAGUUUCAUCAGUGUGUGCGUUUGGCACGGUUUGAGAAUGACAGGACAAUAUCCUUCAUACCACCGGAUGGAUCUUUUGACCUAAUGACGUACAGACUCAGCACUCAGGUAAAGCCUCCAAUCUGGGUGGAGGCUCAAAUUGAGAGGCACUCGAGAAGUCGCAUAGAGAUCAUGGUGAAAGCAAGAAGUCAGUUUAAAGAAAGGAGCACUGCAACAAAUGUAGAAAUUGAGAUCCCGGUACCUUCAGAUGCCACCAAUCCUAACAUUCGGACAUCCAUGGGUUCUGCUACAUAUGCACCUGAAAAUGAUGCACUGGUCUGGAAAAUAAAAUCUUUUCCUGGUGGCAAGGAAUACAUGUGUAGGGCAGAAUUUAGUUUUCCCAGUAUAACCGCAGAAGAAGCAACUCCAGAGAAGAAGGCUCCUAUACGUGUGAAGUUUGAGAUCCCAUAUUUCACUGUGUCUGGAAUACAGGUUCGGUAUCUCAAAAUAAUUGAGAAGAGCGGAUACCAGGCCCUUCCAUGGGUGCGAUACAUCACAAUGGCUGGUGAAUAUGAACUGAGACUCAUCUAGCUCACUCUAGUCUUCUGUUUGGCAUUUGGAAACUGCAUGUGCAAUACUUCAGGAUAUUUGAGAUGCUGUGCAUUCUGGAUUUACAUGGAGCACACGUGGGCCUUAUCGUUUACAUCUUCGGUGUGCAUGGUAGAGAUCAUCCAAACAACGUUGUUUUUAGUACCUCCUGCUUCUAGUAUGUUGUGUGAGAAUGACGUGCUUAUCCAAAAAGUUCACUGUAUUUUUCCAGAGAUUGUGUAUUGGGCUUGUUAUACGCUAUAGUUCUCCAUAUCUUUUUAUGAAGUGCCGACAACAAAAUAUAUUUUUGGAAAUGGAUAUUUUCUUGGUU